UGAGACAAGAUCUUCGGAACUUUGGAAUAAUGAAUGCUGUGUGGAAUUCCAAUCCGACAAACGAUUUUGUUCAGAUUUACUUUCCAUGUGAAUCGGGCAAGAAGGCUGAUGAAGUGAUUGGUUUUUUAAGGUCACGUGGUGUUGGUGUUAAGGAUGGUUCAUUUGUUGGAAGUGUUCCGUGUUCUGUGUAUUACCACCAUCACUCCCUAGUGGACGAGUUCUGUAAGAAGAGCACGGCUGGAGAAAACAAAACUCUUCUCUCGAGUGGCCUUUCUGAAUUUUGGAAAAUACAAGAAAAAUUUCUGAAGAGCAUCACGUCUACGUUGACUGUUACACAGGUCGUUGAAGGACUACGUGAAUCAUCAAGACUUUCAUUCGAUUACGUGAUGUUUGUUAUUCUAGCCAGCGUUCUGGCUUCCCUUGGUCUACUGGAAGACAGUAGUGUCAUUAUGGUGUCAAGCAUGUUGUUAUCUCCGUUAAUGGAUCCCAUCGCUGCGGGAACGUUUGGGUUUAUCAUAAGUGAUCACGAACUACGAAACAUGGGAUUGAUCAGUGAGCUGAUAGGCCUAGGAAUAUGUACCGUUUUUGGAUUUUUGUUUGGAAUCACAUUUGGGAACAUCUAUUUUCAAUUUCGUUCACACAGCAAGCUAUUAACUCAGGAAAUACUCAGCAGGUGUGAAUGGAGAGGACUCUGGGUAGGCCUGUUAACCGCAUUGCCUUCGGGUGCGGGCGUCGCACUGUCUUUGUUAGCGGGUAACGCCGGGUCUCUCGUUGGCGUAGGAAUAUCGGCUUCACUGUUGGGUCCUGCAGUGAAUGCGGGCCUUCUCUGGGCAUUCGCAUUAAUAGCAUCAAUAAAAGAGGCAUCAUCGAUCACAAGGAAUUCAACCGUUAACUAUCACACCGCUGUAUACUUUGCUUCAUCUGGGCUUACAAGUUUUCUCUUGACUGUUGUUAAUAUUGUGUGCAUCAUAUUGUCGGCCAUCUGCAUGUUGCGGAUAAAACAAGUCAUUCCUACCUCAAGUCGAUUUUGGAAAGAAGAUUUAAAGGUUGCGGAAGAACACAACAAACGUAUAUCCGGCGUAGGUAGAACAGUGUCAGAGGAAGUUUUACACGAAUGGGCGAAAGUGAUUAAUUUGGAUGAAAACCGAUUAUUUGAGGACACUCCAGAGUCGCAGAAGAUCAGGUUGGAUACACUGCGGGAUAUAGUGGAGGAUGUGGAAAAGGAUGACGUCUAUCAAUCUGUGUUACUACGAUUUGGAGGAAGAAAACUACAGCCACUAUCUAAAAGGCUGUCAGAAGCUGUGGCAACUCAGUGGAGAAACACUAAUGCGGAAACUGGAAGCAGGAAAACCUUUGGCAGAAGAAGAAGCACACUAAGGUGGUCCAGUUACACCCCACAGGUCAUGUUGACGGGAGAUACUGUGUCCAACAACGAACUUGGUGAUGAGGUGGACAUGGUUGUUCCUGAUGGAGCAUACAAGACUGGUUUAAGACGUGCUCUUCUAAGUUCACCUAACCCUUACAGUCUAUGGCCCUCUAUUUUCCGAGACAGGUAUGUACUGUCAUCAUCUGAAGAACGAGAAGGCUUUCGAAGGACGAUAUCUCCUUCUAUGAUUGAUGAACAACAUGCUCUUUAGAGAACAGAGAAAAAAUUUCUUGGAAACAGUCUUCAAGUAGGUUGAUAAGUCACCAAUUUGUAAUAGUUUUAAAAAAAACUUCUUCAUUGUUCAAAAAAUAACUUUUUAUUAGAAAUGAAAAUGCUCCUUUAGAUCAAGGAAAAAUAUAUCCCGUAAUAAUAAACUUCUCAUCUACAAGUCACCUGCUAAGCCUAAGGACAUUCUCUCUGUUACACAACUCAUUAGAUUUAAAAUAAAACCCCUUUUUUUCAGUUUGGAAAGAUCGUCUGGGAGAAAAGCAAUAUUUUGUGAUUGACUGAAAGUCUGCAUAAAUUACAGCUUUUUUUCAUCAAUAUUAUCUGUGUGAAAACCUAAGUAUUCUUGUUUUGUCUACUUUAUCCUGCAGGGAACCCAUGUAUUUGUGUCAUUUACAUGAAUUAAUGUGUUUGUGAAGUUCUAAUCAGUGUUAGUUAGAACACAAACUUUAUCUUAUCUGAUAGAAUUUUAUAGUUUUUAAGUUUCUUAAGCUGAGGAAGCACUGUUAAUAAACAAACUUCCUUUGUGACCAUCUA